AUGGCUCCUCCUACAGUUUCGGCCCUUGGAAUGGCUCUCAAUGGCAAGUCCGCAUCGGUCGACAUCCCCAAGCCACGCGAUGCCUUGAAUACCCGGGACACCUUCACUGCUGUACCGGGAACUUCUGGAAAGAAGCGUUCAGGCAUGUUGCCAACGCCUCCCAAUUCCAUCUCUCCCAACCUCCCGCCUCAUGGUCGCCGUCGUGCUAGCCAUCAACAGGCUCCCAUGUCACCCAAGAGCACGCAGGUCGACUCCGAUAUUGACUUGCAGGAUGCGCCUGAUGUUGCACAACCCACCGCCCUCAGCGCCGAGGCUCUUGACAGUCUGGGUGACUUGGACAGUGCAGGUGCCAUCACUCCCGGCAUGUUGGCCAAACACCAUCUCCCAGAUAUCCUGUUGUCUCAUGGUCCUCUGGCCAUUCGUCACAUCAUGGGAUACCUUACAACCUCGGUCCCAGGCUUCUCCCGCAUCACUUCCGCCAAGGCUCGACGCUUGGUGGUCGCUGCUCUGGAGGGCAAAGGCGGCGGUUUGGAGGGUGCUGGCCGAGAUGCCGAUGUUCUGUUUGAAAAGGUUGGCUGGGGCAGGUGGGAUGCUCGAGUCAGAGGCCAACCGCCAAGAGAGCGACAGGGCAGUGCCAUCACUCCUCCCGGUAGCCUACCAUCCUCAUAUUCCCAAGCCGGACUUCAGGUCCCAGGCCAGCCAUCCUGGCGUCACGGAUCAGAAAACCUCGGCACUAGCUUCACCGGAAACUCGGCCGCUUUCUCUCAUUCGGAGAUGGACUACGAGGACCAUGAUGUAUUGGAAAAUGAGGCUGACAAAAUGUCUCUGGACGACAAUGAUGAUGGUUAUGUUUCAUCCAUCGCUGAAGAGCCUCUUGACGAGGACCUCGGUGACGGUGAAAUCACCGAUGAAGAAGAUUGGGGAGCGAUUGGCGCCGAAGCACUGCGAGCCAGAUCACUUCCCAACGCAGGCCGAUCGGUCUCGGGACCAGGAAGGCUCUAUCAACCCAUCGCCACCUAUCCCUACAAUGCGAGACAACGAAGCAAGACCCCGGCGGACAUUGCACGAACAGCUCCGGCUCCCGCAAUGCCUGUCAAUCAUCAACGACACCCCAACUUUUCCCUUCCCACCGGCGCUGGCGUUAAUAAUUCCCAAGAACGAGCUGCCAUCGAGGCAUUGCUCAGUCUUGGAUCCAUGUAA